AUGCUUCCUUUUCGCUUCCUGAGAAAACGACGAAUUUUGUUUUUUGUAGUCUUGACUUUAUUUAUUUUGGGAUGUCUUGCGGCCUUAAAAGUUAUUUCAUCUUCGGAAAAAGACAAGUUGGGACCAAAGAUAUUCAAUAAAGAAGCACCUGAAGAAAUAAUUUUAAAUUACAGGGUUCAAGAUGCAAGUGAACAAAAAAUCAGUAGGGAAGAGAGAGAAAAAAGAGAAAACAACUUUGUCAAAGGAGCUAACGGGAGGGAUAGUACAGGACCCGGCCUUUCGCAUAGACCAACCAUAAAAGAUGCCGUCACAGGAAAAGGAAUUAAUUCUGACAAAGAGGAUCUUUUGUUACCUCAACCAAAUUAUAACGUUCACAUUUUUUACUACGCGUGGUAUGGAAAUCCUGAACACGAUAGGAAAUAUGUUCACUGGAAUCACCGAUUCCUUCCACACUGGGAUCCUGAAGUAGCUAAGAAAUACAAGAAAGGAUCUCACUCUCCUCCAGAUGAUAUUGGUUCCAAUUUUUAUCCAGAGCUUGGGCCUUACAGUUCAAGAGACCCUAAAGUAAUUGAUGAUCACAUGAUGCAAAUGAGAACUGCAAGGGUGGGUGUGGUCGUGCUCUCGUGGUACCCCCCUGGUAAGGCUGACGAGGAGGGGAUACCAAGUGACUCACUGGUGCCUCUCCUUCUCGAUGCCGCAGCUAAGUACAAACUUAAACUCACAUUUCACAUUGAGCCCUAUAAAGGCAGGAAUGAUCAUACAGUCCAUGAUGACGUAAAGUAUAUUAUAGACACUUACGGCAAACACAAGGCUUUCUAUACGUACAGGACCACUGAUGGAAGAAAUCUACCCAUGCUGUACAUUUAUGACUCAUAUCAUACCCCACCAGAAGCUUGGGCACAGUUAUUGAGACCUGAUGGGUCACAUUCAGUACGUAACACACCAUAUGACUGUAUAUUUAUAGCGCUGAUGGUUGAAAUGAGUCACAGGAAGUACAUAGAUGAGGGUGGUUUUGAUGGCUUCUACACUUACUUUGCUACUGAUAAGUUCACCUAUGGGUCAACAUGGCGAUCGUGGCCUCAACUCAAAGCUGUCGCCAAACAGACAAACAGUUUAUUUAUUCCAAGCGUGGGACCAGGGUAUAUUGACACGAGUGUGCGGCCGUGGAAUAACAUGAACACAAGAUUAAGAAGUAAUGGAGAGUAUUAUAAAAAUAGCUGGAAGGCGGCUCUUCAAACUGAGCCAGAUGUUGUCUCAAUUACGUCAUUCAAUGAAUGGCAUGAAGGAACACAAAUAGAAAAAGCUGUUCCAAGAUCGUUUCCUGGACUGCUUUACAAAGAUUAUCGCCCUAAUUCUCCUGACUUUUAUCUCAAGCUAACUAAGAAGUUUGCGGAUACAUUUGGAAGAACAAAAAAAUAA